GAAAAGAGAAUGCCAAGAUGCCUUCGAUCAAACAAACAACAAAGUAACACUUGACAAGCCACGAUAGCCAUGGCUAAGCGGUACACGAAUGACAAGCAGAACAAUUUCCAAAACCUAAUCGUCAUUCCUUUGUAAACCUUUUACCCAGAAGGGUUCGGCCACAAUCAUGGAGAGCAUGUUUCACAUUGCGGAGAGCAACCUUCAAUUCUCUAGCCUAUGCAACAUAAUGAGGAUUAUCGUCAAGAUCGAAAAACAUCACUUAAAAUUUGGCCAGUCUCAAAAUUCACAAUAUCCAAUCCUUCCCAUCUAAACAGCAACAUUGAAGAAACACAGAAACCCAUCCAUAGCUACUGAAGACAUGGAUAAAACCGACAAAUAGUGCAUGAAGAAAACCUAAUCGAAGAGCGAGAAACCCAUAUCAUCGUCACUUUCCUCCUUCUCCUCUUCCUUCUUCUUCUCCUCUGCUGCAGGUGCCGCUGCGGCAGCUGCUGGUGCUCCUGCGCCGCCGCCUCCGCCACCGCUGCUGGCGAACCCUCCGCCUCCGACAGCACCACCGACGAUCACCUGGAAAACGGCAGAGCUGGGAGAGAUGAGGGAGAACGAGGAUCGAACUCCGCCGGAGGAAUCGGUGGCGAGGACAUCCUGAACGAGCUUCCUCUGCAGGUCGAAGGUGGAACCAGCCGAUGCCUCAAGAUCACCGGAGAGCUGCUUGCCGCACCAUUCGUCGCCGGAGCUCUUGCACACGAAAGUGAAAACUCCCAUUGUUCCGCUUCGAUCGAGAUUUCGAGAGAGGCUGCUGAAUUCUGUGACUGCUUUACCUUCGGCGAAGAUAUGAAACGCGAACACUCCCUUCUUCAGUUCUCCUCCUCCUUGGGGCUGGAAGCUAUCGAGGCGUUAAUGGAGGUUCAAGCUUUGCGGCUUUCUUCCUUCUCAGGGCUUAAAUGUUUCCGCAAGUACUCGAGAUGGCGCGGAAGUACAAGUAGAGCUGGCGUUUGUGUUUCUUGUUCAAUCGAUUUGGAGAAGCAACCUGAACCGAUUCCAAUUCAGAAUUUGACCGAUGCGCGAGUUAUUUACAGCGUGGCUCCUGCCAUGGGCCAUAAUCAGGAGGCACAUCCAGAAUCCCAUUUUAGAGUUCCUGCAAUCGUGACUGCUCUUGAAAAGAUGGAACUUACUCCAAAGUUUCGUGGUUCAGAGAUCAUUGAGCUUACAAACUUCAAACCUGCUUCAGUAGAUGACAUUGCAAAUGUUCACAGUAAGGCAUAUGUCACAGGCCUCGAAAAGGCUAUGGAUGAAGCUUCACAGCAAGGCAUAAUUUUGAUUGAGAAUACUGGUCCAACCUAUGCUACUCAGAUGACCUUCCAGGACUCACUCAUGGCAGCUGGAUCUGGACUAGCAUUGGUUGAUUCAGUGGUUGAAGCAUCAAAGCACAGCCAGAAUCCGCCAACAGGGUUUGCGUUGAUAAGACCUCCAGGGCAUCAUGCAGUCCCAAAGGGACCCAUGGGCUUUUGCGUAUUCGGUAAUGUGGCCAUUGCAGCUCGCCACGCACAGCGGCAACAUGGACUGAAGAGGGUAUUUAUCAUUGAUUUUGAUGUCCACCAUGGGAAUGGCACACAUGACAUGUUCUAUGAUGAUCCCGAUGUAUUCUUCUUGUCUACUCACCAGAACGGAAGCUACCCCGGUACAGGUAAAUUCGAGGAGGUAGGGGUUGGUGCGGGUGAAGGAGCGACUCUGAAUCUGCCUCUACCCGGGGGAUCAGGCGACAUUGCAAUGAGGGCAGCAUUCGACGAAGUCAUUGUACCAUGUGCCCAGAGGUUCAAGCCAGAUAUAAUCCUUGUCUCUGCAGGUUACGACGGGCAUGUACUGGACCCACUUGCGAGCCUACAAUACACAACAGCGACCUACUACUCUCUAGCUGCGAACAUCAAGCAGCUGGCCAAGGAUCUGUGCGGUGGACGGUGCGUGUUCUUCUUGGAAGGUGGUUACAACCUCGAGUCCCUCUCGCAUUCGGUGGCGGACACGUUCCGGGCGCUGUUGGGGGACAAGAGUAAGGCGUCGGAGUUUGACAACCCUGCCUUUCUGUACGAGGAGCCAUCGACGAGGGUGCAGCAAGCAAUUCAGAGAGCAAAACACCUGCAUUCCCUCUGAACUCUUUAUGUUUCUCUUCUUUUUGUGUGUACUUUGUAUGCAUGUAUAUGUCAUGUAUGUAUGGUUGUACAUAGACUCAGCACCGUAUCCCAUUGGCGUAAUUAAUUAUACGGUGAUAGAUACCCGCCCCUCCCGCUGUAAUGACGGGUUCAUGACUCCGAACAUGCGUUGGUUGUGAAGGCUGUAAAUAGAAGUAAAACAGGGUAGAGAAAGCAAAACAAAAGCAACGGCAUCCCAGAUAUAGGGUUUGGGUUUGCCUUUGGGCAACUGGAAGUUGUUGUAGGUAAAAGCUUACGCGGGUUAGAAUUAAGUGGGAAUAUUAUAUAUGAUUUUUGGGGUGGUAGUGGGG